AUGGAAUGUGGAUAUCGUCUUGGCUGGGAAGCUGCACCGUACGUGGUCGAACCUGAAUCCGAGUCCGGCAGGGAACAAGCAAGGUGCAGCCUCCGCCUCCCUUCCCUUCUUUAUAACACUGGAGGCUGGACCAAGAAGCCUCCCUCCCCAAAUCGAUCCAUCCAAUCCAAAGCGUUCCAAAUCGGAAGAAAGAAAAAUCCACCCGUCAAACCUGCUGCCUGCGACCACAGCAAGCCUGUCCCCCGCCGGGAUGACGACGACCACAACCCGCACAAGGACGAGUGGAACGACGCCGCCGACUUCUUCGACGACCUGAGUAGGCACCUCGCCGCCAAGCAGGCCGUGCUCCGGGCCGAGUACAUCGCCAAGGGCUGCAUCGACCUCGCCGCCGACCAGGUGGCCAGGAGAUCGCGGCUCAGUCACCAGGUGUAUCUCGAGGCCAAAGCCGCCGCCGCCGAUCACCAUGGCGAUUUCGUUGAAAAGCUUAACCGUGACAAGGAGGACGAUGGCGAGUGAGUCCGCCAGCCAGAGGAUAGAAACACUUCUCACCAUGCAAGUUGUUUAUCUACUAUAUCUACUCACGGAGGGAGCAUAUAUCCUAUAAAAAGUUGUACCAAGUCAUCCACGCUAUUUUGGGCCAAAGAGAGUAGUAGGCAUGUCUCAAGUUGGCUCUACAGUUUAUCUUGUGGUUAAGUCCUGCACCUUGUUAUGUUUUCGCUAUGAGUGUGGCUAAG